AGGUAUUGAUAUCAAUCUUAAUGGCGUCUUCUUCUGUGCCCAAAGCUGUGCCAAGCAUAUGAUAUCCUCCGGCCGAGGAGGCUCGAUAAUCUUUAUUGGGUCCAUGAGUGGAAGGAUUGUUAAUUAUCCGCAACCCCAAUGUGCCUAUAAUGCAAGCAAAGCAGCGGUCAUCCAUCUCAUGAAAUCUUUGGCUGCCGAAUGGGCCCCUCAUAAAAUCCGUUGCAACUCGAUCUCCCCGGGCUAUAUGAACACCUUAUUAGUCGAAAAAUUCGAUCCACUCUUGAAGAAAACUUGGUUCGAAAGGACACCGGUUGGAAGAAUGGGACAUGUGUCCGACUUGAACGGAGGCGCAUUAUAUCUAGCCAGCGAUGCUUCUUCCUUCACUACGGGCACCGAUCUCUUGAUUGAUGGUGGUUAUUGCACGUGGUAAAACAAAAGGACAAAUUGGUUCUAUCACUGACAUCAACAGUCCUGGUUUUUUUUUAGUCUACAAACAUAUCUUUCUCUACUUGCACUGCUUUCACUCCUCACCUUAUCUUAUCUCUAUUUUUUUUUUCUUUUCCAUUCUACCUCGCUUUUCCCUUUUUUUUUCUCUUUUUUAGAAUGAUCAAUGAGCAAAAUGUUUUGUAGCUUGAUUUCCAUUUGUUUUUUUCUUUUCUUUUUUCUUUUGUCUGUUAUCACAAAAAAAGAAAUCGUGCCAAGAGUAACUGAGAUGGACAUAGAUAGAAAUGAUAGAUUUUUUUUGGUUAUGGUUGAUGCAGA